UUUUUUAAGUGCUUUAAUAAGUCAAUUUUGCACAUUUUUAGCAAUAGCAAAAUUUCCGCAAAUUGAGUCAAUUUUCUCGGAAAUUGCUUAUGUUCAAGUUCAACAUAAAAUGUGAAAAAAUGUAAAAGAUAUUUUUUGGUAUUUGGUGAAAAAACAUUCAAAACAAAUGGACAGCUGACUUUCAAACCGAAGAAAAAAUCUACUUGCUUAUAAAGAGACGCUUCGGCAUGAUUUACGGACGUUGCUAAGUAAUGCGAUUGUUGUGUCCAUUUAUUUACUUUUGUAUUUGACUACUCUUUCAAAUUAUUUUACAUAUCAGAUAUACUCCUUAAACAUUUCAAAUAAAAAGUAUUUUGUGUAACAUUUUAAUAAAAAAGUCUUUAAAUAAACCUAUUUCGUUUACAAUUGUAAAAAGGUAUUUUCACUACCUCCUGAAAGUACAUUUUUCAAAUUUAUAAGAACUAUGUUAUCAUUCGUGAAGAAGUUAAGGAAAAAGUAAAGAAAAGAAGAAAGAGUGUAUCACUCAUACAGUUAAAAAGUGUAGUCGUGUCAUUGCACAAAGACUUUAAAAAACAAUAACUUCUAAUUUUUAGUCGUUAAUGACCAACUAAAUAAAGAGGAAAAAUCGAUUAAAACAAACCUGCUGCAGUUAUCGUCCAAAAUGGCUGAUGAGCAAGUAAAUCUAGUAGCUGGGCAUCCGCCUGCAGUCAAAGCUGGUGGCAUGCGUAUUGUGCAACAUAAACAACCGACCAUUGAACGUCUUCCAAAGGAUGCCGAGGACUGCACAGGCCUAACACAACCUGUUGUCGUUAACGUAAUGUCCGUAAGCGGUGCUCCCGUCAAAGGAAAUAGCGAUUACACUCCACAAGCAGCGCAAGUGGCCCAUUCUCCAAAACCCCCUUCACAUAUACUUACCAAGCCGCAAAUUAAUAUUCAACAGCCCCGAAAGUGAAAUACACUUCUGGAAUAAUUCUGCGAAAUUUUCAAAAUAGUACGCAUUCCUUUUUCUGAAGAAAGUUCUUAUUAUUGUAAUAUAAAAAAUUAGGCAAUUGCAUUUCUUUUCAAAUUCUAUAUUUGACUGUACUUCAUGUUAUCCUAGUUUAUGUGUGAAAUGCCGUUUGUUGAUUAAGUAGAAGACACUCUAACUAAUAAAUGAAAACUUUUA